GAAUAUUCUUGACCGAGUCAGUUUUGCUUCGUCAGUUCGAUCCAUAUUUCUUUCGAAGAAAAUGACGAAAUUCUGGAUACUAGUGGGUUGCUGUAGUAUAAUCUAUGAAGUGAUAGCGUUGAAGGAUUCAGAACCGGAAUUCGAGGAGAAAAAAUUCAACCAGUCCAUGGUUGAGAAUUCUGUACAUUUCUUUCUCUACCACAGAUCGAAUUUCGAUACAUCAGAUGAAUUAGUGGCAGGGGAUGACGAUCUACUCAAUAGGUCGAGAUAUAACGCUGAUUGGCCCACGACAAUCCUAAUACAUGGAUGGACACACAGCAGAGAUACACCGUGGAUGGUGGAAAUGCGAGAAGCAAUGGCAAAUAAAUCCGUUUGGAACAUCAUCAUCGUCGACUGGGCCCCUCUUGCAAGAACACUCUACACUGAAGCCAGAGUACACAGUCCCACCGUAGCUAGGCUAGUUGGAAAUCUAUGUCUCUACUUGAACAAAAUGAGGGGACUGAGAAUGUCAGACAUACACUUCGUUGGACAUAGCAUGGGGGCCCAAAUUUCAGCCAUGACUUCCGCAUACAUCAGGCAGCACUUGAGCGAGAAAGUUGGUAGGAUAACAGGCCUAGAUCCAGCUGCUCCGCUGUAUGAGUGGCCUCACAUGGAGUCUUCAGAGGAGGUUAUUGAUCCAGGCGAUGCCAUAUUCGUCGAUGUCAUCCACACUAAUGGUAACUACUUGGGCAUGAUUUCUCCAUGUGGACAUGUGGAUUAUUAUCCGAAUGGGGGCAUGCAUCAGCCUGGAUGUACAUUCUGGCUUUGCAGUCAUAUGAGAGCCGUCGAAUUUUGGACCGCUUCAAUAAAGAAUCCAUUCCUCUUCAAAGCCUAUCCAUUCAGUAUUUGGAAUCAAUAUGUUACAGGGGAGAUAGAUGGUAUGCAUAGUUUUCCAAUGGGAAUAGCUGCUAAUCCUAAGAUACCGAAAGGUGCAUACUUCUUAGAGACUGUAGAUGAAGUUCAAUACAUUCACACUGAAACUACAAUGAUGGAUAGCUUAUGACAAUUAUUUAAUUGAUUUUAUAGUUUUAUAUCGAUAAAUUAAAGUUUUAGUUAUUU